AAAGUGCUCGAUCGUGUGCUUCCCUGGCAUCCGGCUGGUUCUUUACUGACGGUACCUCAUACAACAUCGUUUGUGUACCGUGAUACCCUCAUACAACAUCGUUUGUGUACCGUGAUACCCUCAUACAACAUCGUUUGUGUACCGUGAUACCCUCAUACAACAUUUCUGUGCACCGUGGUACCUCAUACAACGUCGUCUGUGCACCGUUUCAAUUAAUGUGUGUUGACUCGUAAUGGAUAUUUACUAACACACAACCCUUCCAUAAAUGAACAGGAAAAAGAAGUGAUGAUAUUCUUAUAUGAUAGUGAAGAACAAGGUGAUUACUUGAGGUAGUGUGACGUGGGUGUCCUUCCAUCCCGGGUGAACUUGUCCUCGACUCUACCGGCUGCGUUUACCCCAACCCUCCAGUACUGUAUCGGUAAAGACAGUAUCUUCCAGGAUGGUCCCACGAAUUUGGAACAUUUCCUACCUAUAUUAGGGUAGGCCAAAUUUAGUUACUUCAUUCAAAAUAUAAUAUUAGUUCAUUUUUUUUAGCCUUUAUCAAAAACCUUCAUUCGUGGUGUAAUUUUGUUUCGCACAAGAAUAUUGUAAAGAUACUUUUUUUUUACCAAGUUAAAUACCUCCUGAGUCCUGGACUGUUGCUUAUGACUGUAAUUUUAUCUCAGGAAGAAUAGCAACAGCUUUGUGUUAUUUAAACAAUUGCAUCCGCUACUCAUAAUGUGGCAGGAGAUAUAUGGAAAGAAAAGGUGGUGGUGCUGCUGCGUGUUAAUGCUGGCAACACUGGUUCAUGUGUUGAUAUUCGUAUGGCAUAGUCAUCCGAGUCCCGUCUCCCAGGUGGUCAGUACCGGACACUACUUGAUAGCUUCCCUUCCUUAUAGACGUGAAGACAGUACAGUGAGCAGCAAGAACACGAAAAAGUCACUUGUUCUCUCUCAGCGUUGUUAUCUCUAUACGGGAAUCACAGCUCACAACACAUGCUGUAAGAUGCUGGACUACACUAUGAACAACGGCAGCAACAUAUUGGAAUGUGCCAAGAAUCAUCGUCUUCAGUUUUCAAGAAACUUCAGAAGAGGAACAACGUCAGCACAAACAGAAGAAACAGCGUUAACACCAGGAGGGGAAGCAACAGCAGGGGGAAGGGGGGGCGGAGCAGCAGGAGUCUACUGGGUGAUGGUGGGAGACUCUCACAUCAGGAAUGUGUUCGACGUGUUGGUGAGCCGCAUCCGAGGACCCAGGCUACAGUACCGCUUCGCAAACGAUACUGAGGAACACUGGCAGGACAUCAACCAGCUAUUUUUGUUGCGCCGCAAAAAUUAUCACGGCAUGACCCUGUAUGUGAAACACCUCGACUUGCCUCUGCGGCUCACUUACCACUGGGACCCCCGGCUGGAGCGUCUGCCUACCUUCAUACACAAGUGGCUGAGUGAACCUCGAAAAGCUCCUUCACUCCUCGUUACUGGUACAACUCUCCACUGGAUGAAGCUCACGGCCAGAAUUUACUUUAGAGACGGGCCCCUGGCAGCAGUGUCCGCCUUCUAUGAGUACCUGUACAGCAUCCGCUCUCUACUAACUAAACUCACUUCUUACUCAUCUGUCGUCUUUAAGCUACAAGAUCACUUACAGGAUGACUCAAAGUUUACCGUAAGAAAUCUUGCCAACAUCGACCUGUACAACAGUUUGGCCAAAGAUUUGUUGUCCGGCACCAACGUGACCACUUGGGACAGCACCAUCCCGCUCUCCGACCUUUACGCCCAACAAUGCAAGGUAAACCCCCGCCACACUGACGACAACAAGUGGAAAUGUCAAGACAAAACACAUGUUGGUUACAUAAUAAUUGAAAAGUAUGUUGACAUGUUACUGAAUUUUGUGUGCAAUGAAUUUUUCAAUGUGACUGAUGAUUUUUGUCCAUAGAAAUUUGUUUUAUUACCACGAAAAAAAAUUUGCACCCAAAAUUAAAUUUUACUUAAGCACACAACAAGACGACUCUGGGUAAUAGUAUUGGUUAGAUGUCUACAAGGCAAGGAGACCCCAUGCUUAAUGUACACUAAAUAAUAGCUCUUAUCCCAGUCACAGAACACAACUCCAUCAUGUUCUUAAACGCGAUAGCUCCAGUAGGUGACACACCAAGAUACACUGCUCAAUAAUAAGAAGCACAGGGGUAUUACAACAUAUUCUCAAGAACAAAUAAUUUGAAGUCGAAAUAUUUAGAUAGAAACGCAAGCGACUUCAACGAUGAGAGAAAAAAAAUCGUGGUAAUGGUGUUGUGGUAGUGGUGUGGUGUUGUGGUAGUGGUGUGGUGUUGUGGUAGCGGUGUGGUGUUGUGGUAGUGGUGUGGUGUUGUGGUAGUGGUGUGGUGUUGUUGUGGUAGCGGUGUUAUAGUAUAGUGGUGGUAACAGUAGAUGGUAUUGGAGUAGGAUGCCGACUCAAGCCAGCGACUCUUUGGGGCAGCAAGAGAGCCCUAUACUGUUCAUCUUAUUUGGAUAAUUAUCUUUUACAACAUUCACUAAAUCGGCCCACUAGGAUGAUAAGUUACCAGAAUUAACGCUGGAAAAUGGAACAAACUUUCACUGAUCUUUUUGUUGUGAUAAACCUGAAAGUCUAUAUGAAGAGCAUAGUGAUUCCGUCAGACAUGAAACUCGACAAUAAUAUGACUGUACUAAAUUACAUCUACUACUGUCACAAUUUAGGUUUAAUGGCGCACGCUGUUUACGGGGAGGCGUUUUGGGAGCACGAUGGUUUUCUGAUGGAAGCAGAGGCAUAUAUAUAUAGACCGAGCAGGUAUACAGUGUACAUAGGCCGUGCAGGUAUACAGUGUACAUAGGCCGUGCAGGUAUACAGUGUACAUAGGCCGUGCAGGUAUACAAUUUUCAAUGUACUGUACCUAGACAGUGCUAGUAUACAAACAAUGAGGCAAUUUGACCAAGAAUAGCCAACAAAGCCAUCAGAUGCUUAUUCCAUGCAGUAGGGUCCUUUACUUACUUUAUCCUCUUCACCACUGAUCGGCUCAUUAGCCGCUUGGGCGAUCGGUCACGUCUCUGUUACACACUGUUGGCAAGUAGUGGCCAUGUACUGGCUCCUGAAUGUACUUGAACCUGCUUUGAUUUAAUAAACUGCUGUUUGGGAAUCUGUUAAUACAUCCAGCAAUGAACGAGUCGUUUAAGUUUGGUCAUUAAUCAGUAAUAGUAAAUCUACAAGAUAUAAGGUGAAAAUUUGUGGAUAAAUAUAACACGCAUUACAUUUCAACAAUACUACUGUACAUUGUGAAUACAGUAACUAACUCUGUUUUGCUCGGGUAUGUACUCUUUAGUUUUAGCUAUAAAAUACAUGAUAACAAUAAUCGUUCUUUUCCUAGAUGAUAAAGUUGUAGUCAUAUUAAGCGCUUCCUGUAAUAACUAAAGCGACAAAAAAUUUGUAUCUGUAAAACAAACGCUUUUGUUUAUCUCACUGUAACUUGAUUAUAUAAAAAUGUUCAUAUUGAAUAAAAUUUAAGCACUUCGACCUCCAAGGUUACUAAGCCUUGUUCACUUGAUUUGGUUUCAACAACACAACUUUCAAAUAAACAAUCAAUAAAUGGGCAUAAUAAUGAUACUGUAUAGACUCAGCGGUUUGGAAUGACAAUUAUUUGUUCAUCGAUAAACUAAUGUCUUAUCUACGCAUAUCUACAGUAAUUUGUUUCUUUUGGUAUAGAAGUAUAAUUAUGUUUACCUUAUAAUUAUGUUGUUUGUACCAUACCAACAGUCAAAAAUAUUCUACAUAUGCAGGGCUGAAUAUUAAGGACAAAAGGGACCCAGGGUAAGGGUUUAUUCUAGGGCCCUUUUAGCUACCUUGCCUCUAAUUUGGCCCUAACAGAUCAAACAUUAGAAUCUAUCAGUAUUCAGUCCUAAUCGCUCUGGUUUGAUCUCUUCUAAUACUUUACAUAAUGCAGAUUUGAAUGUGAUUUCAUUUGUUUGUAAAGGAAAUGAAGUAAAAUAUUUGGGAUAAACUUGAAAUAAUUACAGUUCUUCCUCACCUUGUAUAAACAGUGUUAUGAUAAGCUCACAUUGAUUGUGCAAGAUUAUUAUUCAUUAUAACUUAAACUGUCAGAAACCAAAAAUAGUUUAAUAAAAUGG